AUGUCCACUGUGGAAGAUGACUUGUUUGGAGACGAGAGCUCAGAUGAUGGCUGGGGUAAUCAAGGUGGUAAUUCACAUUCUUAUGAAGAAUCUGAGCAGUUGGACAACCCACAGCAAGGCCAGUUUCAUUCGCAUGGUCAUCUUGCAAAGCCAGCCCGCUAUUCACCAGAUGAGACCGGACAAAGCCAUCUAGAACUUGAUCAGGACAACAAUGAAGAUGAAGAUGAUAAUCUUUUUGGUGAUGAAUCUGAUGAUAAUUCCCAACGCAUGGGGAAUGAUGGGUACAACAGUGAGGACGGUAUCAAGAAUACCGAGCUGGAGCGAAGAAAUGAAGAGAUUUUAUCUCAGCCUGAAUUAGUUGUCGAGACCAGUCUUCCAACAGUUGGUGGUCCUCGACCAGAAAACGAAAAUCUAUUUCUGAUCAAACCACCCAAUUUCUUGCACAUUGAACCUAUACCAUAUGAUCGGGCAACGUACGCUCAACUGGAUAAUGAUCUUGAAAAAGACGAAGACGGAUCUCGAGAACGGGCUCGUUUGCAUGUUGAAAAUACGAUUCGUUGGAGAUAUGAUGCAAAACACCCUGAUCAAAAAAACUCUAACGCUCGCUUGGUACGCUGGGAAGACAAUUCAUUUUCGCUACUUGUUGGCGAGGAGCAGUUUGAAGUUGCUGUAACCUCGUUGCAAAAUCAGCAUCACUAUCUCGCUGUUCAACAUUCUGAGGAAGGAUAUAUUCAAAAUAGGGCACGCUUUAACAAACUAAUGUCAUUCCGACCCUUUAGUGCACAGAGUUUGACUCAUAAAAGAGUAACAAUGGCUAUUGUUGGUAAACAUAGUAAGAAAAAUCGUACUAGAUUGAUCACUACAACAGAGGAUCCUGAAAAGGCAAAACAGUUGGUUGAAAAGGCUGAAACUGAGCGUCUUAAAGCUCGUCGUAAACUUGAAAGCAAACGCGCCAGCACAAGCGCUCGCGAACGAGGUGGUAGAGUCGAUUACUACAACGGAUCAGACGAUGAUUCACACUAUCGAUCAGGAAAUCGAAAUAUUAUUGAUAAAAUCAGAUCUAAUCGAUAUGAUUAUCAGGAGGAAGAUGAUGAUGGGUUUGUUGUAGCCGACGAUGCAUUGGAUGAAGACGAAGACGACUUUCAACGAUCAUCGAAGCUUAUGGCAGCGAAAUCUUCUUCGUAUCUGAAACGCAGUGCAGCAGCUGAUUUUGAUGAAUCUGAUUAG